UGUGGGUGAAACAACUGCCAUGUAUUAGGAUUAGGAAUCUAGAGUGCAGAUAUGUGAGGACAAAGAGUGAAGGGGAAGAGCACAAUGUUGUCAAUCUCCUGAAUUUUUAAAGAGAAGUUACCAUGUAGCAUAUGCUGACACAUACAUCAUGAAUAAUUUAGGGUGUGGACAGUGGAGAGGGCAGCCAGCUGUACCUUCUGAGCCAGCUGCAGCUAACUGAUAAGCUCUUCUAGAAGAGUUGUGCUAGGAGGAAGUAGCAGUAAUCAUAGUUUGUGGUUACAAGAUUAUGGGUCAUUGCCGGGAAGCUGGAAGGAUAAACAGUGGAUCAGCAUCCUUGGUACUAAGAGAACACAACAAAACAGAAGAGGUCUUGAAAAAUCUCCAAGUUAAAAUUGCCACCAAGUUGUUCACUAAACAAUGAGUGACUCUUUCCAGUCAUGCAGUGGCUUUCUCAUGUCAGCAUUAAGCUGUCUGCUGUUAACUGUCAAAGCAGGAGAUGGGAGUGGGAAGCUUAGUUGUACCCUUCUGUCCUCCAAGUAAACCUUCAUGGUUGUGACCAGGUAUGGAAGACUCCAAAGUGAAUAUUGAAGAAAAACUGUUAUUUGUCAACUUGCUAGGCAUAUUGAACUACAUCAUUAGACUAAAUUGCCUAAAUUUUUUUUAAAUAGUUUUAAGUAUUUUUUUGGUGUGAUUGAAUUUCCUCAGGGCAUAGUUCCAGGCCUUUAAAACUGUAUUUGUCAAUAUGAUCACUGCUGAUAAACAGUAUUCAAAAAAUGCUAAGAGAAUCAACAUAAUAGAACCUUUAUUGACAGGAUCCGUACUAUAGAUUUAAUGACGUGAUGUACAGAUGGAUCUCACUGGAUAACUGGACUUACAGCAGGACAUUCAAAACUCCUUUUGAUGUCAGAAAGUGGCAGAAAGUGAAUUUGGUUUUCGAGGGAGUAGAUACAGUAGCGCAGAUCCUGAUCAACAAUAUCACUCUUGGGAGAACAGACAACAUGUUCAACAGAUAUAGCUUUGAUAUUACCAGUGUGAUCAAGGAGGUCAAUUUUGUCGAAGUCCGUUUCUUAUCAGCCGUUUCAUAUGCAGCGGAGCAGAGCAGAUGUCACAAAGCAUACAGCAUCCCCCCGGCGUGCCCUCCACCUGUGCAGAAAGGAGAGUGCCAUGCUAAUUUCAUCAGAAAGGAGCAGUGUUCAUUUAGUUGGGACUGGGGCCCUUCUUUUCCCACUCAAGGUAUCUGGAAAGAUGUUAGGAUUGAGGCCUAUAACCAUUAUCACCUGAUUCACUUUUCUUUGACUUCUUUCUUUGUAAAGAGUGCUUCACAGUGGAGUCUUGAAAUCGAGUCUAUUUUUGAUGUAGUCAGCUCCAAGCCAAUUGCGGGUCUUGUGACUGUGAGCAUUCCCAAAUUGCAAACCCAGCAAACAUCCAGUGUGAAGCUUCAACCUGGAGAAGGCAGCGUUGUGCUGCUUGUAAACAUCAACAAGAGUUCUACAGUGGAGGCUUGGUGGCCAAAUGGACAUGGAAAGCAAACUGGUUACAAUAUGACAACAACUUUCAUCAUGGAGGCAGGGUACCAGAUUGAGAAAUUUUCAAAGGCCUAUUUUCGGACAGUAGAACUUGUUCAGGAGUCUAUUCCUGGCUCACCAGGUCUGAGUUUCUACUUUAGAAUCAAUGGUCGACCCAUUUUCAUCAAGGGCUCGAACUGGAUUCCAGCAGAUUCUUUCCAGGACAGAGUGACCUAUGACAUAUUGUGGCUACUCUUGAAGUCUGCAGCAGAUGCUAACAUGAAUGCACUUCGGGUUUGGGGAGGAGGAGUAUAUGAACAAGAUGAAUUUUAUGAUAUUUGUGAUGAACUAGGAAUAAUGAUUUGGCAGGAUUUUAUGUUUGCAUGUGCACUAUAUCCAACUGACCAGAAUUAUUUAGAAUCUGUAAGAGCAGAAGUUUCUCAUCAGGUAAGGCGUUUAAAAUCCCAUCCAUCAAUUAUUCUGUGGAGUGGUAACAAUGAAAAUGAAGCAGCAAUUGCAAGCAACUGGUUCUCCAUACCUUAUGCUGACAGAGAAGUCUAUAUCAAAGACUACGUGAUGCUUUAUGUGAAGAACAUCCGAGAAAUAGUUCUUACUGAAGAUAAGAGUCGUCCUUUUAUUGCAUCCAGUCCCACCAAUGGCUUGGAGUCAGUUAAAGAAGGUUGGCUCUCCCAGAAUCCUUAUGAUACCCACUAUGGUGACACUCACUUUUAUGACUACAGCAAUGACUGCUGGAACUGGACGGUGUAUCCUAAAACUCGUUUUGCUUCAGAAUAUGGAUUUCAAUCCUGGCCUUCCUUCAGUACAAUUGAAAAGGUUUCCUCCACUGAGGACUGGUCCUACACAAGCAAUUUUUCUCUCCAUCGACAACACCAUGAAAAUGGCAAUGAUCAGAUGCUUCAACAGAUUGGGCAUCAUUUCAAGCUUCCCCAGAGCACAGAUCCCAUAAAGAAGUUCAAAGAUAUGAUUUACCUCACUCAGGUGAUGCAGGCUCAGUGUGUAAAGACAGAAACUGAAUUCUAUCGUUUUAGUCAAAGUGAAAUAAUCAAGGGAGAAGGACACACAAUGGGAGCUCUGUACUGGCAACUCAAUGACAUUUGGCAGGCACCUUCAUGGGCUUCCUUGGAGUAUGGUGGUAAGUGGAAACUGCUUCAUUAUUUUGCCCAGAACUUCUUUGCACCACUGUUGCCUGUGGCCUAUGAAGACAAAGGUGUGUUGUAUAUUUACGGUGUCUCAGAUCUUCAUGUGGACCACAAGCUGACUUUGAGGGUCGUUGUGCACGCCUGGAGUUCUUUGGAGCCAGUAUGCACCCUUGCCAAAGACGGUGUGACUGUUAAAGCACAAAGUGCUGUCCCCAUCCACAAGGAGUCCAUAAAUGACUUGCUGGAAAGAUGCAGAAACUGUACCAGGAAAAGCUGCGUUAUUACUUUCUGUCUUGUGGGAGAAGGUGGGCUCCAGAGUCCUACGAACCAUCACUUCCUUUCAUCUCUAAAGGAUGCUGUAGGAUUAGAAAAGACCCAGCUUAGUGCCUCUGUAUCCCAACGAGAUGACAUUUAUGUAUUUGUUCUUCAGACCACUGCAAUUGCUCCUUUUGUUUCUCUGGAUGUAGGGAAUAUAAAAGGCAGAUUUAGUGAUAAUGGUUUCCUCAUGACCGAAAAGAAGAAAGUCGUCAUGUUUUAUCCUUGGGAACCUACCAGUGUUGAAGAACUAGAAAAGUCACUAACCCUGACCUCUCUGGUGGACGUUGUCUGAGGAUACUUCGUUUCCUUCUAGAUAAGGAGUGAAACAGGAAGAGGAAAAAAUUAGAAGAAUUUGACUAAAGUUGAAGUGACGUACAAUUUGAACUGACUGGAGAACAUACUGUUUAUUCCUGUCGUGUGAAUUUUAACUGCUGGUUCAAUGUAAAGAUACCAACAGCAAAGCUUGCGUAUAAUAUAUGUGGUGCAU